AUGGAAGACGACCCGUUCGGGUUGAAUGCAGCGGCGGGCACUUCGAUGGAUUUCACGAUGGACGCGCUCGCGGCCUCCCAGGAUCUGUUGAACGCGUUCACCAAGGACAUGCCGGCGUCACCGGCCGCGACGAGCAACACCUCCUCCUCGCACUCGGCAAUGUCCUCGCCCCAGAUGCCCGGCCAGGCGCCCUACGCGGCCUUCGGCACCGCGCUCGACGACCGCUCCCGCUCGGCAUCCUCCGCAUCGCCCAACCACCCUACCACAAUCGCCCCGGACCUCCUCACUCCCGCAUCCCUCGCCUCGGGCCCUCCCACGGGCUCGCAGGCUUCCUACACCAUGCCGCCCUCGACAUCGGCCUCCAUAUCUGAUAGCCCCCGCGGCGUCCAGGAGCCACAAGAGGGCCCGCAUCUACUCGCUGUUGGCGACAUGCUUACGCAAAUCAUGAACACUGCGAACAGUGCACGGGAAGCGUGCCACACUAACCAAGCCGGUGUCGCCAACGUCAAGGUCGAUGAGCUACGACGAACGAUCCACGCGGUCAGCAGUCUUCUCCAAGGACUGCGCUUAGCCGACGGCCUUGCAUCGUCGCCUCCGACGCUGCAGCAGCUGCAAGCGCUAUCACAGUCAUCGCAGCGAACGACGCCGCCCCGGCGACCCGGCCCGCAUCCUCUCAGCAGCACGAGUGAGAGUGAGAGCGGAUUGAGCGAGGGCGAGAGCCGAAAGCGCUGUGCGACUGCCGCGAAUGAAGGCGCCCCACCACCGAACGAGCGUGUCCCAAAAGCGCUCAAACUGGAACCCACGGAUUCGGGCGACCUCGUCGCCGCAUCCGCCAGUCUCUCCUCGCUGCCAAGCUUCAGCGCGCCACCGACAGCGGCGCUUCCGCCCCAGUCGCAGUCGCAGCCCGUGCUCGGCUCUUCGGCGCCUGCCAGUCGACCGCAGAGCAGCCACGGCAGCUUCGCGAACUUCCAUGGCGCGCCCAACUUUGGCGCCGCACCGCCCACUGGGGUAGGCGUACCGCUCAACAUGACCGGCGCUCGGAGUAGCUUCGACUUCGCACCUCCUGCAGGCGCUCCGUCUUUCGCACACGAUCCAUGGUCACAGCAACCUGGAGGCGUGACAGCGGCUGCAGCUGCAGCAGCGGCCGGAUUCGCACCACGACACGGCGCAUCUGGUCGGGGAAGCUUCUCUGGAGGUGUCGCUGGUGAUCCAUUGGGACUUGCCAACAUCAAUCUGGGCCCGAUUCCUGGUGGCGUGAGCCUCCCGCUGGGCGGAUUGGACAUGCAUUCCGCACCCGGCUUCCCGGCCCAGAGCCGAUUGGCGAACGGUCGUUCAAACAGCUUCACAGCUGGAGGCCCGGGUCCAUUUGCUUUCUCCGCUGCAGGCGGUUUAGACGAUCGGAUGGAUGGUCAGCGUCCGGGCACACGAGGUGGCGGCUCACCGAGUGACGACGAUGAUGAUGACGAGGAAGAGGAUAGAUAUAUUGGGAGGUUCUAUCGCAACCGCGGAGGCAGUGAUAAUACCAGCCACCCCGGCAGCGUAUCACACUCAAACUCGGGCAGCUUUGCGUCAGGCAUGCGUCGGAGACCUGGUGUAGAAGCUCUGACGAGUGCGAACGGGAACGGUAGCGCGAACGGCGGGCAGGCAGGGAACGAGGUUCCGGUUGAGUACAAGGCGGAGGUCGAUCGCGUAUUCUUCGAGUUCUUGAACAAGAUCUGCUCAAACUUGGAUGCAACGGACAGCAAGGGUGAACCCAUCCACCAGACGCUCAUGGCCAAGAAGAUGCAACGACUGGACGAGUCGCCCGACUUCAGACCAUUCAAGUUCCGCAUCCAGGCGUUCACGAAUGCAUUCUUGGAGGAGCUUGCCAGGCAGGGCUAUCCAGAAGACAAGAUCCCGAUGAAAAAGAUCCGAAACUACCUCUGGAACUCGUCCUACAUCUCGCGCUUCAACGAGGACGGGAAGAAGGCCAAGUCAAAGGGCAACCACAUCUGGAACAUCGAAGCCAAAAAGACGUCCGAAAACGGCGGUCAGACGUGGGCCUUCCGCCCGUUCCAUCGCAGGCUCGCAGGCGGACCCCCGGGUGUCGCAUACGUGGGCUUGAAAUGGAGCUGGUCGCCGCGCAUCUGGGACCCACAAGCGAGCAGGGCGAACAUGCCCGUGCAGUUCAGCUCGCCGUCAUUGCCACAUUGGCUCAAAUGGACUCCGACGGGGGAGACGCUCGAAGGUGUCCCGCCAACAGACGCCCAGAGUUGCGAUGUGACCGUCGAAGCACGCUUCACGCAAGAUGGAAAGGAAGAGUUCCUCGCGCAGACGGUGCACAUCUCCAUCGCGCCCAUGAGUAGCGUAGAUAUCACCGCUUUCGGCGGCCCGCCUUCGCGGAGGCCAAGUCUGAGCCUGCUGGGUGGUCCAGAGCGUCGCAUCCAGAGCGAGAAUAUCAUACCGCAACGUCCGCCGCCGCUGCCCCGUACGAUCACAGCGGCAGUCGCGCCGCCAUCGCUCCCCCAUGGCUUGUCUGGGCUUCACCAGCAACAACCACCUCCAAUGCCAAGCAGUAGCCACGACACGCAGGUCAUGCAGGUGCUAACGACGGCUGCGCAGCGAGUGGCAGCCGAAGCGCAUGUCGUGCAUCCAGCGGCAUCGGGCGAGCUGCAGGCACUGCAGAAGCAGCAGCACGUCCUGACCGUGACUGCGCAGGCGGUUGACAAUUCCGUCUCGACGACGGGCAGCAUCGCGGCGCAGCCCGGAAACCUUUUGGCUUCGACGGCGCAGCAAGUCGUGUUGAGUGCUGCGCGGCAAAUAUCGGGCGCGGGUGGGCAGCAGGUCACGGUGAACGAAGUCAGUAUGGCGACGCAGAGCGCGGUCGCGCAGGCUGUCGAGCUCGUCGGGCCGAUGUCGAAUGAGGUCGAUGUCCUCCGGACGGCGAAUACGUUGCUUCAGCACAACACGGCGCGUCCGGAUCCGUUUGCUGGUGGUCCUCCGAUAGCCGCGAGCGGGAGACCAGGGAGCAGCCGAGGAGCUGCGUUCGCAGCUGCGUUGCCGACAGUACAAGAGUUCAACCCAGCACUCGGUCCGGGAGCAGGUCCUAUACCGCUACCCGAUUUGAGCGUCGGCAUCGGGUUCGCCGGGCAUUGA